AUGAUUGCUUCACUGUUUCUCUCUGCUCUCACUUUCGUGCUUCUCCUGUUUAAAGAAAGUAGAGCCUGGUCUUACAACGCCUCCACGGAAACCAUGACUUUUGACGAGGCCAGUGCUUAUUGCCAGCAAAGGUACACACAUCUGGUUGCAAUUCAAAACCAGGAAGAGAUUAAACACCUGAACUCCACACUCAGCUAUUCACCAAGUUAUUACUGGAUCGGAAUCAGAAAGGUCAACAAUACAUGGACCUGGAUGGGGACCCAGAAGCCUUUGACUGAAGAGGCCACCAACUGGGCUCCAGGUGAACCAAACAAUAAGCAAAGCAAGGAGGAUUGUGUAGAGAUCUACAUCAAGAGAGAAAAGGACUCGGGCAAGUGGAACGAUGAGAGAUGCAGCAAAAAGAAGCUAGCCUUGUGCUAUACAGCUGCCUGUACCCCGACAUCCUGCAGCGGCCAUGGUGACUGUAGAGAGACCAUCAACAGCUACACUUGUCAGUGCCACCCUGGCUUCAAGGGACUCAAGUGUGAGCAAGUUGUGACCUGUCAGGCACAGGAAGCCCCUGAGCAUGGAAGCCUGGUGUGCAACGACCCUUUGGGGAACUUCAGCUACAAUUCUUCCUGCUCUGUCAGCUGUGGGGAGGGCUAUCUCCCAAGCAGCACAGAGGCCACACAGUGCACUUCCUCUGGAGAAUGGAGUGCUCCUCUUCCAGCCUGCAAUAUGGCUAAGUGUGAAGCUUUGACAAAUCCUGUCAAUGGAGCUGUGAAAUGUUUCCAAAGCCACGGAAGCUUCCUGUGGAACACCACCUGUGAAUUUGAGUGCAAUGAAGGAUAUAAACUCACUGGACCCCAGCACCUGCAGUGUCUCUCCUCUGGGAUUUGGGACAACAAGAAACCAACAUGUAAAGCUGUGACAUGUGAUGCCAUCAGCCAUCCUCAGAAUGGCACUGUGAGCUGUAGCCACUCCCCUGCUGGAGAGUUCACCUAUAAGUCAUCCUGCCACUUCGCCUGUGCAGAAGGCUUCGUAUUGCGGGGGCCAGCCCAGGUUGAAUGCACUACCCAGGGGCAAUGGACACAGCAGGUCCCAGUUUGUGAAGGUAAUUUUCCCGUGAAAGCUUUGUCCAGCCCAGAGAGAGGCUACAUGAGUUGUCUUCUGAAAGACAACUAGUCUAGUGCUUCUAGUCCUUCUGAAAGUUUCCAAAGUGGGUCCAUGGGUGAGUUUUCCUGUGAGCACUAUUGAAGAGCUAGGGACUUGGUUACCUUGGGAAACCUGUUGCUGCCCGAUAAAAACAAACUUCUAAUGUGCUCCUCAUGUCUUCCAGCUGUGAAAUGUGAUGCUGUCCCUCAGCCCAGAAGCGGUUCAGUGAACUGUACCCAUUCCCCCACUGGAGAGUUUACCUACAAGUCCUCCUGUGCCAUCAGCUGUGAGGAAGGCUUUGAAUUACAUGGAUCAGCUCAACUUGAGUGCACAUCUCAGGGACAGUGGACACAGGAGGUCCCCUCCUGCCAAGUGGUACAAUGUUCAAGUUUGGAGGUUCCCAGAAAGAUCGACAUAAACUGCAGUGGGGAGCCUGUGUUUGGCACCGAGUGUACAUUUGCAUGUCCUGAAGGAUGGACACUCAAUGGCCCUGCAGCUCUGACAUGUGGUGCCACAGGACACUGGUCUGGGAUGCUGCCUACCUGUGAAGCUCCUUCUGAGUCCCAGACUCCCUUGGCAGUUGGACUUUCUGCUGCUGGGAUCUCCCUCAUGACAUUAGCAUCAUUUCUCCUCUGGCUUCUGAAACGCCUUCAGAAGAAAGCAAAAAAAUUUGUUCCUGCCAGCAGCUGCCAAAGCCUUCAAUCAGAUGGAUCUUACCAAACGCUUUCCGAGUUAAUUUAA